AUGGCAGAUACGGUGAGUGUAAGCGGCUACUUGUUCACCAGGCUCUAUCAGCUCGGAGUUCGCAGUAUAUUCGGCGUCCCUGGAGACUUCAGUCUCCCCGCGUUGGAUUACGUCGAUCCUUCGGGCCUAAAGUGGAUGGGAACUGCAAGUGAGCUCACCGCCGGUUAUGCUGCUGAUGGGUAUGCGCGUGUCAAGGGUCUUGCGGCCCUGUUCACCGUCUUUGGGGUCGGGGAGCUAUCCGCAGUGGCUGCCAUCGCAGGGUCCUAUGCGGAAAAGGUCCCAGUUGUUCACAUUGUCGGAACGCCGUCCACACAUGCUCAGGAUCACCGGCAUGUUAUUCAUCACACACUGGGCGACGGAAACUUUAGAGUCAUGGCUGACGUGUAUCGCCACUUCACCUGCGCCCAAGCCAAUCUACGAGAUCUCGCCGCCGCUACAGCCCUUAUUGACGCAACUCUGCAGCAGUGUAUUCGACAAUCCCGGCCAGUCUAUAUAGAACUGCCGUUUGAUGUCAUCCAUCUGCAAGUCCCUGCCUCACCGCUACGUCACGCACUCGAUUGUCGACCACCACCCAAUGACCCGGUGAUGGAGCGGAUGGUAGUUGACGAAAUCACCUGCCGCCUUCAGACCAGUAAGAAGCCCUUCAUCGUUGUCGAUGGCUUUGCACACCGCUAUGGUAUCCGCAAAGAAGUGAAUACCUUACUGCGCCUCACCGGCUAUCCGACGGCCACCACCCCUUUUGGGCAAUCGACUGUGGAUGAGACAUACCCACACUUCCAUGGCGUUUACACUGGGUCGGCUGGGAACACGUCCUUGCACACAUGGAUCCAAUCAUGCGAUCUUGUCAUCCACAUCGGGCCUCUCAAGUCCGAUUGUAAUACAUACGCAUUCACUAGCCUCACUCGGGCCCAAUGCACCAUUGAGCUAGACCACACCCGUGUCUCAAUAUUUGGGACUGAGCAUCGGGGUUUGGAUAUCCAGUCGGUGCUCCGAAAGCUUAUCUUGACCCUGCCAUCAUCCCAACUAUCCCCCCUGGCGCCCAGUCUCACGGUGCCGUCAAGGCAACCAGUCGCCAAACCCUCGAAUGUAGCAGAAUCAAUAACGCACUUGCGGUUCUGGUCCCACAUUUCCAUGCAUUUCAGGAGUACCGACAUCAUAAUGGUCGACGCAGGGACACCCUGGUCCGGGUCGGAGGACUUCAUGCUCCCCCGGGGAGCCAUAUUGAUCAAGUCGGGAAUCUGGAUGUCAACAGGUCAUAUGCUGGGCGCCUCCACAGGCGUCGCUACGGCGCAGCAAGAGACAAAGGAAGGCAAACAGCUGCCCAUUCCCCGUACGAUAGUGUUUGAAGGAGAUGGUAGUUUCCAAAUGACCGUUCAGGCUUUGAGCGAUAUUAUCCGGCACCGCCUUCAUGUUGUUGUAUUCGUUAUUAAUAAUCAGGGAUAUACCAUCGAGCGAAUCAUCCACGGAAUGGAUGCGGUGUACAACUCGAUCCAGCCGUGGGAUUACACUGCGGUGGCCGGGUUCUUCGGGGCUCCGCAAAAGGACCCGGACUUCCCUGUCGCGACAUUCAGAGUCGCUCAGUGGUCUGAGUUAGAUAGCGUAUUGGCAUCUGAUCAGCUGAACAAAGGUCGUGGAUUGACCUUGGUGGAAGUCCAGAUGGGCAUGAAGGAUGCACCCUGCCUGUUGAAGGAGUUUAUUGCGCUACAUCCAAAGCAGAACCGACAGGAUCUCGGCAGUCCGGGGAAGUAA